UUAAAAGCAAGCGCAUAGUUGUCCCGUCAAGUUGCGCGACGAUUGCAAAUGAUACUCUAUUGGUAACGUUUGAUUUUAUUUAGUUUUUUCUUUAAAUGUACUAUUUUAUAUUGCUCCAAAAGCUCCUAAAUGAUGCUGUCAAAUUGCUCGCGAGAAAUGACGGCCGGGCUCCAUUGAAUCAGGAGGAGCCGAUGGAGCGUGAGGGUUUAUUUUGUAUAAGAAAGCUGCAGACAUGAGGAUCACUGACAGCGUGCUGAGAAGUUUCAGGGUCGCCCGAACGUAUCGAGAAAAUUCUCAGAAAGUCAACUGUGUGGACUUCAGCCCAGAUGGUGAAAACGCAAUAGCAAGUAGCGACGACGACUGCAUUGUGUUAUAUAAUAUCAGAGAAGGAAAACCUGAAAGGACCCUUUUCAGCAAGAAGUAUGGAGUGGACCUCAUCCACUACACACAUGGAGAUGCACAGACUGUAGUCUACAGCUCCAACAAACUAGAUGAUACCAUUCGAUAUAUGUCACUCACGGACAACAAGUACAUCAGAUAUUUUCCAGGUCACACUGCAAGAGUUAUUGCUCUCUCAAUGUCACCAGUGGACGAUUCGUUCAUCUCCGGCUCGCUGGACCAAACAAUCCGGAUCUGGGAUCUGCGCGCUCCGAACUGUCAAGGUGUGACCAACCCACUGGGGAAACCUGUGUGCUCCUUUGACCCCGAUGGGCUGAUAUUUGCUGCAGGAGUGGAAUCACAGGCCAUUAAACUCUACGACCUCCGUGCUUUCGACAAAGGCCCCUUUGCCUCCUUCGAUAUGAGGUUUAAUCGCGUCUGUGACUGGACUGGACUCAAAUUCAGUAAUGACGGGAAACUGAUCCUCGUCUCCACCAAUGGAGGGAUGAUUCGUGUCAUUAACGCUUUCAACGGAUCGGUGCUGCACACGUUUUCUGGCUACAACAACAGCAAAGGCGUCUCCCUGGAGGCUUGCUUCACCCCAGACUCUCAGUUUGUCAUGAUCGGCUCCGAGGACGGCAGAGUCCACGUCUGGAGCACCGAGAGCGGGAUGAAGGUUGCUGUACUGGAUGGGAAACAUCCCGGACCCAUCAACACGCUGCAGUUCAACCCCAGAUUCAUGACGUUCGCCAGCGCCUGCAGCAACAUGGCCUUUUGGCUCCCGUGUACGGACGACGCAUAAAGACUUUCCUGCCGGCUCCCUCGUCACAAACAUCGCUGGGUGUCAUGUGACUGUCACCGAGGGCUUGAUGAGAACCACGAGGCCUGGUCCUUGAGCAGAGAAGACGGUUUUCCUUUUAUUUAAAUCACUUUUCCCUGUUGGAUUUGUUACCUUUUUGAUGCGGUUCUGAGAACUUUUUAUGCCAUUUUAUUUUAUAAUCCUCAAACACUUUAACUGUUUCUUGAUAUUUUAAAUGUGUCAUUUUCACUGUGUUCCUUGCUAUUUUAUGUAUUUAAAAAAUAAUCAGUGUUUCAAUAUUUGUAAUAAAGUGUUUCAGUUAAAAAUAA